GAUAUCCGGCGAGAAACGAGAAACCUCGCCACACGUGGACUCCAGAAGAGAACGAGCGUGUUUCCUGCUACUUUUGGGGUUUUUAUCGAUAUAAAACAACUUAUUUUAUAUAUUUUGAAGCUUAAAAGACACUUUAUCUUCAAGAUGUUCCUUCAGUUUUACCUCAACGAGCUGGGAGACAGAGUCUACACUAUGAAGAAGAUUUGUCCUGCUGGGCAGCCCACCAGCUCGGCCCACCCGGCUCGCUUCUCCCCAGACGACAAGUUCUCCCGACACCGGGUGACGCUGAAGAAACGCUUCGGCCUUCUGCUCACACAGCAGCCAAGACCCAUUCUGUGAGGGGAAGAGAUGAGAGAGCUGGAGGGACGGGGGUCGGACCAGGAAGUGGAGCACUGCGGGCGAAGAUGGGACUGUAAAGCAAAAUGUCAAAAAACACAUUCAGGAUCACAAUUUAUGAACGUGAAGCGGGGAUUUGUCCUCAGUUUCACCCAAAUUUGUUCGUUGGAUAUCAGCUGUCAGUGAUGUCAUGUAUCUUCUUUUUUUUAUGUGCCGUAAUUUGUUGACAUUCAUUUAAGGAUGUUAAAAUUUUGUUUUCAUAUGGAAUAAAUGUUUGGUUGAUGGUUUGGAAGCGGUCGUCUCUGUGUUCAUAAAAUCCAGACGUGAUCAAUUAAACAAUGAAACCUGAAUAAAUUAAUGGAGAAACAUAACAAAUGCAGAUGCUUCCAUACAAAGCGCAAUGACUCAAUUAAUGGUUUUGCUGAAAAUGCUGUGAAUUGUGUGUUCUUGCCUUUUUAGUUGUUUUUCAUAACUCAACAAAUUUCCAUAAAGUGAAUUUUAAUCCUGAAUUAAAAAAACAAUGGAC